AGGAUCUCCUUCAUUCAGCAGUAACUCUCCAUCAGACUCUUGGAGAAUAAAGAGCCCAGCGCUCAGAUCUUCCCUCUCUCUCUCUCUCUCUCAGUGUGUGUGUGUGUGCGCGUGUGUGUGUGCGUGUGUGUCAGCAAGCGAGCGUCCGGAUGGAGCGAGACGGAGGAGUGCAGCUCACACAGAGUCCUGACUCUCUGACGGAGGACGAUGUGUGUGUGAUCCAGGACACAUGGAAGCCCGUCUACGCGGAGCGAGAUAACGCUGGAGUGGCUGUGCUGGUCAGGUUUUUCACGAACUUCCCGUCGGCGAAGCAGUAUUUCGAGCAUUUCCGUGAGCUGCAGGACCCGGCGGAGAUGCAGCAGAACGCGCAGCUGAAGAAACACGGCCAGCGAGUUUUGAACGCCCUCAACACACUGGUGGAAAACCUGCGCGACGCUGACAAAAUCAACACCAUCUUCAACCAGAUGGGGAAAUCACAUGCGCUGCGCCACAAGGUGGACCCCGUUUAUUUCAAAAUUCUGGCCGGAGUGAUCCUGGAGGUGCUGGUGGAGGCCUUCCCACAAUGCUUCAGUCCAGCAGAAGUGCAGAGCUCCUGGUCUAAGCUGAUGGGGAUCCUGUACUGGCAGAUGAACCGUGUGUAUGCUGAGGUUGGCUGGGAGAACAGCAAAAAGUGAAAUAAACAACAA